UCUAACAUCCAUACUACUACUCUCAUCAUAAUCUGCAUGUCGUAUAGAAUAUAAUAAUGAAUUAAAAUAUGGUGAUUUACGUGCCAAUGAAUUAAAUUUAUUGUAACAAUUGUGUGAAACAUUAAUUACCAGACUUCAGAGAUAAGUUUACCAGCAGAUUUGACGGGAAACUUCGCUUAAAAUCGACAGAAUGUCAUCAAAAUCUUCUCGUAAAGUAGCAACGCGGGCCAAAGUCGAGCCGAUAGUCACGCGAACAAAAUCAGCGCAGCAAAGGCGACAACUUAAAAACAAAGAGAAGAAAACCGAAAAACCGGAACUUACUAAACAACAAACAAAAUCGACUAAUCAAAAAACCGAUAAAUGUCUGAAAAAGGCUCUACCUGAGCCUAUUAAAAUUCCUGAUGAUGUUAUUGAGCAAGUAGAGUACUAUCCGGAUAAGUUAAAAAGGGAGCCCGCUAAGAAAAUUCGACUAAAACCGAAACAUAAUUUUACAGUGAUCGCUACUACAAAUAAAAGAAAGUUGGCCACACCACAGAAAGGUAUAAAAUCACCACCACCCUUACCGACAUCAUCACAUUCGCUUCUAAAGUCUCCGAAGACUAAAGUACUCCGGUCGUCCAGCCCGGAACCGACCGUGCAGGACAUGGUGCGCAUCAUGGAGGAAUCCAGGAGUUUGAGUGAUGAGGACUUUAUGGAGAUCCUCACGUGCCCCAGCCCAGUGUGGUGGGAGGAUCCCCCCGAUGGCGGUUAUUCUGAAGACGCAAUAAUAAUGAUAUCGCCGGAACCACCGACAGAGAAAGCGAGCGCAAACAAGAAACGCAAAAUAUUCAAAAACCCACCAAACAAUAACAUAGAAAACAAAAUGGGACAAAUUAAAACAAUAGAAGGUAAAAAGGACGAAAAAUUUGUUAAAAAACAACGAAAACUUGAAAAUGUACUUGGAAAUAUAAAGAAUAAAGGUAUAAAACAAAUUGAUAAUGCAAAAGAUCAUAGUAUUGACGAGCCUAUCAUAAAACUGUCAGAAAGUGAAGGCGAAAUCUCUGAUAUCAGUUUCAACGAAGAAGAAAUAUUGAAAAAUCUCGAAAACAUGGACAUACCGGUUGAAACUUUAGUUAAAAGCGAACGAGAUACCAAAAGUGUAGUGAAAAAAGAAAAAAAUCCACAAUCUGAUAGUGAAAUAACACUAAUAUCUGAGAAUAUAGAUGAUACAUCGGCUUCUGUUGAUUUAAAACCGAAAAUUAAAGAAGAAUUAGCGAUCAUAAGUAAAAUUUCUAAUAACACCGAGGUUGUAGAUGUCAAUUCUCAAUGUGAUGUUAGUUUACGAAAAAACGAUAUAAAUUCUGUUGAAAAUUCUAAUUUAAAAAACAGUGUAGAUGCUAAAUGCAAUACAGACUUAGGUUGUGCUUCCAUUGACACAAAUAACUCAAUAACUAUGACUAAAGAUGCGACUUUAACUAAAAAUAAUGUAAAUAAACUAAUAACUGUGCGUAAAAUAAAGUCUGAACAUUCAAAAAACGACAAAAACAUAGGCAAUGAACUAAAAUCGACAGAAAAUUCAAAAAACUUAGUAAUAGAUAGCGUUCGUGGUAAAUUAGACGAUUUUUUUAAACAAUGUAAAAAUAGUAAACGUAUAAAAAAAGGUGACAGUCCGAUUCCCGCCAUUUCUUUGACAGAUGUCAAAGAGGAGACCACAGAUAAUGAAGAAAACGGUAAUGAUAGCAAAACUAAAGUGAUGGACGAAGAUAAUCGACUAAAAAGUUGCGAGUGCGAAAAAACGGAAAACUCUUGUGAAAAGUGUGAAAAGGCGGUAAUUUUGCCAUGUGAUUCUUGUAAUUUUCUUGCGGAAACUAAUGAAGUUUAUAAAAAACAUAUUGUGUCCUGCAAAGAUAUUGCUCGAAUACAGUGGAGUCAUAAUUUAGUGUUAAAUCAGACUUAGGUAUGUAAUAAUUAUAGUUUUUUUUUUAUUAGUUACCUAUUGUUGUGACUUCAGUCUUUCCAUAAACUCGUAUGGGUCUUUAAAAUUAAAAAUGUCUGCCGAAACGAAACGUAUCUACCUUAUUGUACAGAGCUAGUCGUCUUAUUGUUCUUUAUAUUCUUUUUCUUUUUAUGUACUCAAAAUUGUAAAAAUGUUUAAAAUAAUUGUAGUAUAGAUAUUAAAGGAAUUCAUGUCGCAAAUUGAAAUAAAUAUUAUAAAUGAAAUUGAAUCUCAUGUACAGAGGGAACAGAGAGUAAAGUUCCCUAAGAAAAGAAGUAUCCUCCGACCAGGCGAGGUGAUCGUGUCUGGCGGGCUUUCUGCCCAACUGUUGUUCGUUGGGAUUGUCUAUCCAUGUUUAUUCGCAUGUAAACUUCACAUGUGCGAUGUAGGAUUUAUGACGACAUCCGUUGAUUUGCUCGUCGAUCGUCUAUGUGCUACUUCUGUCAUCUGUCACUUGUUACGUGUCGCCACAGGGGGAUUUAACUUAGUAAGCGUCCUAGGCAAGCAAUAGGAGCGAAGCAGCGGAUGAAAUCGCACGAGAGUAGUGGUUAAUCGUUUAAAGGGAGGUUUUUUAAUGACUUCUCCCACCUUGGGCGAGGCGAGAGGGAGUGUCAGACUGUUACUGACUAAAAACCACCCUGUUCCUACUCCUGCUUUUCGAGCCGGAGCCCUGCUAGGUAGUCUACACCUCCGAAUCAGGCAUUAGCCCUACUAGGCCCCAUCUGUGGUGGUCUGAUGGCUCUGGUGUUGGUCGCAAACAAAUAAAAAGUGAGCUAAGAGACUAGUAUUAUUUUAAUUAUUUCAAUUUGCGACGAUUCCUAAGAAUUGUUAAAAAAUUAUAAUGCACUGCCAAUAGCCUUGUAAAUGUUUUACAUAAGACUAAAUAAUAAGUUAAUUGGUACAACACUGGCCCCUAUAAUAUUAGUAGGGAAUUUUAAAAUACGGUAGUUUCCAACUAGUCAAAUUCAAUACUUUUAUCGAAAUGUCAAAAACGUUACUUUUCUAUGAAUUUUGUAGGAGAUCGCAACUUAUGACGUCAUAUUUUUUGCGUCAAAUAGCAUACUUACUUCUCUAAAAUUUGAUAGAGAAAUUAAAUAAACGUGUAUAUCGUCAAAUUAAUGAAUGAAAGUACGAUUAUUUCGGGAUAUUUUAUUAUAUUGAAAUGUCAAAAUAAUUUAUUUUUGACCUAGGAAACUACCUAAUUGUGCUAUAUCACACAUUGUAUUGUAUUAUACCCACGGAAAUUGUAGAGGCAGUAACAAAUGCAUUAAAUAAAAAAAAAUACGUAAGAUCGGGUCUUUUUGACCCUACAGGGUAACUUUGACCCAAACUUUUAGACCAAUGAAUAACUAAUGUAUGGCUUUGUUCUCGAUUCCUAUUGGUUAUAGAAUUUGGGUCAAAGUUACCCCUUAGGGUCAAAGAAACCCGAUCUUACCGAUAUUGGGUAGAUGACUAAUUUGUAUUUUAUUGUCCAUCUUGUAGAUUAUUUUAAAACAUUACACACGUAUUUUUUAUUUUCUUCCAAAACUAAAUAAUUUCGAAGAUAUAUCGAUUUGAAAUAUCCCGUGACGUCACUUCUAGGUACGUUUUAUACGUAGAAUUGACGUAUUUGCUCCCACUCCUAAACUUUGAUUCGUUUUACCUAAGUAUUGUUAUCUUAUAUGAUAAAAUAAAUAAAUACGUGUCUAAUAUUUUUUCAUUACCUAACUAACGGACUAAAUAGAUUUUUAAUUUUCAUACCCCGUCAUUAUCCGUUAAUGCGCCCUAUGUAGUAUAACGAAGACUGAUGUCUUAUUUUGUAUAUAAUAUGUUCUAAAAUGUUGUGAUAAUGUAUUUCUACAUAUAGGGUGACUGGUAAUUAGUGAAGGAUACUAUAAUAACAAAAGAAUCAAAUUUCAUUAGCACGUACGCGCAAAAUUUUGUUAUUGUGAUAAAAAUAAAACUAAUGAGUAUACAAAGAAAGUUUCUUCGGGAAAGUUGUUUGUAAUCAUGAGUACAAUCACGUGUUUAAAUAUCGUUCACUAAUUACCAGUCUCCCUAUAUAUAAACCAUGUAGAUAUCAUGUAGCCUGAUGCUAAAUUAAUAAAUACAUAAUGUAUAUCCAGA